AUGUCCUGCUACGAUCUGUGCCCACCAAGGAGCAGCUCUGAGCUGUGCCCACCCAGAACCGGCGUGGCCGUGCCCCAGCCCAUCGCUGAGAGCUGCAACGAGCUGUGCGCCCGCCAGUGCCCCGACUCGUCGGCCCUGAUCCAGCCACCACCAGUUGUGGUCACCUUCCCCGGGCCCAUCCUCAGCUCCUUCCCCCAGCAAGCCGUGGUUGGCUCCUCCGGAGUCCCGGCCUUUGGCGGCUCCCUGGGGCUGGGCGGCCUCUACGGUGCCGGCGCCACCCAGGCCUCGGGAGGCCUCUGCACCUUUGGCAGAGCCUGCGCUGCUCCUGCCUACAGCCCCUGCGCCUUGCCCCGCUACAGCAAGAAGUUCUGGGACACCUGCGGGCCCUGCUAG